UUCAGUGUUUAUUACACCUGUGAUUGUGCAAACAGCUGGUUGCUUACGGCGUUAAUCUGUGUUUAAUCGGCCCUCAACAACUUAAAUGAGUGGGCUAUUCAUUGAGCYAUUUUCUGACCCCUCACUGUCUAAUGAGAGUUUUAAUAUUGUCAUCUCUGCAAGGACAAACUGGCAACAAUUCAACGGCUCGUAGAAUCAGACAACAAUUAUUAGAGACUGACAUAAAAUGUGAACUAGCAGYGAUAACUCAAUUUGAUGGACCGGAGUCUGUCAAKCAAUACGUUAUUGGACAUGCUAUAGAUUGCAUAAUAGGAGUACAUGCACACAGGGCUGGUUCCCUGCUUUUAGAUUGUGAAGUACCAUACUGCAUCAUAUUUGGUGGAACAGACAUCAAUGAAAUUUAUCAUGAUAAAUCUCAUAUGGUGACAAUGACAAAGGCUAUCACGAAUGCCAGGUACCUUGUGGCAUUCAGUGAAGCAAUGAAAUUCCAAGCAGUUAAAUURUGGCCAAGCCACAAGGAAAAGAUUGUAGUACAGCCUCAAGCUUGUUCUGUGAGCAAAGCAGAAGAUGAAAUACAGAUAUUAAAAUGUCAAAACCUAAUUUCAGAUUCAUUGCAGCUUGAUAUGGAAAGUUUUCAGAAUACAGUUAUAUUUUUGCUAAUAGCUGGACUACGGCAUGUAAAAGAUCCUUUGCUUUUGGUAGAUGCUGUAUCAGAGUGGCACAGACAAGAUAGCAGGAUUUAUCUCAUUAUUAUUGGUCGUGAGCUUGACAAAGAAUUUGCAGCAGAAGUCAAGRCAAGAGUACAAAAUCUACCUGGCAUAGUUCUCAUGCCUCCUGUUAACAGCAAAGACUUACAAAUCAUCAUGAGGMUGUCAUUUGCCAUUGUUAAUUCAUCAAUAAGUGAAGGAAUGGCCGUAUCACUAGUUGAGUCAAUGGCUCUUGGAAUACCRGUUCUCGCAAGAAACAUUCCYGGAAAUGCAGSCAUCAUCAAUCAUGGAACAACAGGAUUUCUUUUUGAUAAUCCUGAKGAAUUUAUUUCAAUUGCAAAAGAAUUAAUUCAGURCAAAUCUAAGAGAUACACUGUCAUUACAAACGCCAAGGAGUAUGUGAGUAAAACRCAUUCUUAUGAAGAUGAAAAGUCAACCUAUAUCUCAAUUAUUGAAAAGAUGAGCAUACUCAAAUAACAAUUUAGUACCUAAUUAACAAGUAGACCAAAUGACUUAUCAACUUAAAUUGUUUUAGUAUGCACCAAUUACUAUAGGGCAAAUGUGGCAGAGUGAAUGUUCGUUUAUAUUGGUGCAAAUUUGAGAAUACCACGACAAAGAAAACCUUUUCUAGACAUUUUUUGACUAUUUGUGCUUAAUUCUAUGCUAACAUGGUAUACAUGAAYAUACCAUAGUUCAGUAGCCAAUCAGAAUGAUGUAUUUGUGAUAGUUUGGUGGAUACUAAUAGCACAUAUUUUAACCUUAUUUUAGCAUAUAUUUAUAUCAGCAUAUAUUCCCUAUAUAAUAAAUUUGGUCUGUUUUUAAGACAAACAAUUUAGUACAUAUAAUAUUUAGCAGUCUUGUAAAUAAUUUCAAGUAAUUUAUUUUUAACACUAUUAUAAACUAUAUUUAUCUAGUGUCUCUGAUAAGGUUUCAUUGUGUGAAUAUGAAAAUAUUGCAUUAAAUAGAGACCACUUGAAAAGGAGGAGUAAUAUUUCCUAUACUCAUACUUACAGAGGCAUAGCAGUGUUGUAUUUGUUGUAAAGUUGUAAAGAAUAAUUUGUUUUUUUGUAUCUGAACAAAUUAUAUUGAUAAUACCAAUGGUCCUGUGGACAAGUCCCUCAUUCAACAUUUUAUAUUUCAUAUUAAUUCAGUUCAAAUAAAGGAAUAUAAAUAUU